AUGGCUGUACCAAAAAAAAGAAGAAGCUUAAGCAAGUGUAGAAAAAGAAGAAAUACGAUUUUUUUCGAUAAACUCGUUGGAAAUUGGCUAAAACGGAGGGAGUGGUUUUUCAGAAACGAGUAUCAAAAAGAAAUUUUACCCAUACAGCAGGAACCUCAUAUGUUUAAAUUCCCCGGCUUCUGGCCGAACAAAUUCGUCCAUCAAUUGUCUUCACAAAUUAAAAAAAUCAUAAAGUAG